CGAAGUGGUACAGAGGCAGAGGUCUACAGGCGGGCGGCGGGUCCUGUUGCUGUGUGUCCGAGUUCUAACCACGAAAUCUGAUUUCACGAUUUCAGCGAAAAGAGUGAAGAGGCUCAGCUGUGUUUUGUGUUAAGAAAUUUGAUAUCUCUGUUAUUUUUUUUUUAAUUUCAUGGUGUGACUUUGAUUGACUCCAAAUGACGAUGAAGCUGUUAUUCACAAUUCCGGACAUGGACAUCAGAUACAGCGUGGAGGCAGCAAGUAAACACAAGGUUUGCUAUGAACAAGAGUGACAACAGCAGUUCGCACACCAAACCAAAAUUGUUGAGAAUCUGCAUCACUCAACUAUGAAAAAAGUAAGCUCGUACAAAACCUGGUGUUGUGUGUGUGUUACUGAUCGUAAUGAAACAGUGAUACAGGUGAUACCACGAAUGAUUCAGUGCCUUUCAAAGCAGCUGUGAUACUCUAACACCAUACUGGCACCACAAGACUUGAAAAUUAUAAUGUCAAAUAUUGCAAGAACCUGCCUUCAAAUCAUCGGUGGAUUUCAAAACAAGGUACCCUCACCUUUGUGAUAUUUUACACACCUGGUUAGUCGUGCAGACUGCUAAACACAACUCUUUCAGUGAUAUCAAACAGAAGUGUUGAAAGAAAUAGGAUUGACUGGUGUACUGUGUAUUAACUUGUGGCAUUUCCAAAACGACAUUAAUCACAACUUUCUCGAUGAGCGAGAUCGAAGCUUGUGAGUAAUGCAGACUGGGACCAUAGUUGAAUUUAAAUUUGCCUGUUAAAGAAAAUCAAAUAUGUCAUAAAAUAAGACUAAAAGUAUAUUCCUGAAAAAAGACUCGUUUCAGAAGAGAAAUCGAGCUGUAAUUAUACAAAAAUGGACUUCGUUGUCUUUGAAGUCCACAUUCAACACAUGGAAGAGAAGGAAAGAGGUUCUGUAACAAGCGACACACAAGCAGCCAACAGACCUGAUGAAGCCGAGCAGACAUGUGAUCAUGUGGUGGAUGACCAGAUGAGAAGAAACAUCAGCAACAUGGACAUAAACGAGCAGACAUCUCAUCCUAACAUCAGCAGUCCAACAGCAACGGAAAGUGACGACAUGAACAGAGAAGUGGAGAGUGAACGAACGAAUAGUUGUGUAGAUAGUAACUUCACUACAACCAAACUAGGUGCAACAGAUGAAGAUGUUGAAACAGCAAGCAUUGAGGAAGCUGCAAAGGUGACUGAAACACCUUCCCAGGUGCAAAAUGAUGAUGGCCGACUCGAAGAGAACACCAGUGUGACUGAAAAUCCUGCCCUGGUGCUAAAUGAUGAUGGCCAACUGGAAGAGAACACCAUUGUGACUGACACACCUGUGCAGGUGCUCAAUGGUAAUGGUCGAAUCGAAGAGACCGAAACACCUGCACGGGUGCUCAGUGGUAAUGGCCAACUGGAAGAGAACACCAGUGUGACCGAAAAUCCUGCACAGGUGCUUAAUAGCAAUGGCCGACUCGAAGGGACCGAAACACCUGUACAGGUACUGAAUGAUGAUGGUCGACUGGAAGAGAACACCAUUGUGACUGAAACACCUGUCCAGGUGCUCAGUGGUAAUGGCCAACUGGAAGAGAACACCAGUGUGACCGAAACGCCUGCACAGAUGCCUCAUAGUAAUGGCCGACUGGAAGGGACCGAAACACCUGUCCAGGUGCUAAAUGAUGAUGGCCAACUCGAAGAGAACACCAAUGUGACCGAAACACGUGUCCAGGUGCUCAGUGGUAAUGGUCUACUCGAAGAGACCGAAACACCUGCCCAGGUGCUAGAAGAUAAUGGCCAACUCAAAGAAAAAACCAGUGUGACUGAAACAUCUGUCCAGGUGCACAAUGGUAAUGUCUCACUGAAGGAGAACACUAUUGUGACCAAAACACCUGUCCAGGUGCUUGAUGGCAAUGGCCGACGCAAAGAGAACGCCAGUGUGACCGAGAAAGGUGUGGAGAAAAGACAUAACAGCAGCAAGACACAUUUGUUCCCUUCUCCCUCCGGAAGUGGAAACUCUAAGAAUACUGAAAAGGGCCUAAAGAAAGUGGUGAAAAAGAGGUCCCCCGAGAGCAGCAGCAGCACCAAACCGGAGGAGACGAAGGGCCGUGAAUCCGACGAAGACAACAAACACCUCGCAGCCUCAGUGCUAGCAGUCUGGUCCCAGAACCUGCCACCCGAGAAAGAAGACCAAUGCAUAUUUCAGAAACCAGACACACGUUCAAGAAUGCAAAAACUUUUGGCACGAAGACGAGGAGAAAAAGAGAAAAAACCGGUUAAACGGGCGACGACGGCAAGCGAGCCGACAAUGAUCUCGCAGCUGGACGUACGACUGCAGGCUCUGGACCAGGCCAUUAACCGCGAUUUCCAUGACGACCUCCUCAUGGCCCGACAGAUGACGAUGCCCAGGUUGUUCCAGCGGUCACCCAAGCUACAGGCGCGCUGGAAGGUGAUGCAUGACGUGAGGAUGUUACAGGAUAUCCUGGUCAGCAUGCGCUGUGCACGUGAGCGGCGAGAAGAAGAAAAGAGAAAAGAAAGAGAGCGGGAAGCACUUCAAACUGCCGAAGGAGCACAGGACGAACCCACAGCUGACGACUCGCAGGACAAAGAAGACACCCAAACACCCGAGUCUUCAAAGGAAUCACCAGAGAACUCUUCUCCUGACAUCACGAUAGCGGUGAUACACGCCGAAGACCCGCCUACACCAGGUGACGAGGGCUCUGCUCAUACAGGAGACGAGCCUGGCGCAGGACCGGCUGCCCUGGAUGUGCCCAAGGAAGGACAGAAGACCGUUGCUCUGUCUACGUCCCAAGUCAAAAUUGCAACCAGUCGCGUGGAAUCUCGUAGUCGCCUUGAAAGAAGUUACACGACAGUGCCCUUCCAGCUACCCCCAAGUACAUCGUUUGCCGGCAGACGACAACCACCAUCAUCCCAGCAACAAACAACAACUGGUCGGUUGCGGCGGACCAUCACUUCACUGUCCAUGUCACGUGGCCGACGUUCCUCUGCAACCAGAGUGUCCCCGGCCAUGAUGUGUCGCAUCCAGGAUGCGGAGAAGAUUUAUGGCGGUCAGUGACCGUUAGAAACGAGCAGUCUUGCUGAAAGCUGCUCCACAUUUUUUAAAAAAGCAGACUUUUUUUUUAAAAAUAUGAAGAUUCUAUUACAAUUUCAACAUCUGCAAACGCAUUUUAUAUCUGUGUAACUGGCGACUCAGAGAUGGUGAAUAUCUAUAUUAACGACUUUUCCAAUGAAAGAAAAAGGAUUCUAUAUAUUUCAAAUAAAAUAUGUCACUGCUCGUGAUAUCAAAAGAUUGAAGAAAUAAAAGUGAGUCCACCGUACUAACUUCAGUCGGAUACCAAGCAUUUAAACCGCCUCUGGUAUCUUUAGAGAGGUUUAUGUGCUCGCCUGCUCUUCAUUUAAUUAAUCAGAAGGUCGUUAAUUCGAAGCCUUCUCGGGCCAGUGACUGGAAAACUUCCUUUGUCCAGCCAGGGUGCCAGGGAAGGAAGAUGGCGCAAGGAAAAGGUUGGGGCUUGCUUUUAAGGUCCCCUGUCCUCUACAGUUUACUGGGCCAUGAGACACUUACCGUUAUGCCUUUUAAGACUGUGAUAACCUUUCAACAUCUAUUUCUUAUGAUGGAUUUGCAGACAGGAAAUAAAAAUAUA